AUGUCCAUUCCUAAUAACACCCAGUUCCAUCCUUCUUCCUUCCUAUUGCUUGGCAUCCCAGGGCUAGAAUAUGUACACAUAUGGAUUGGAUUUCCUUUUUUCUUUGUGUACCUUGUUGCACUCCUCGGGAAUGCUACUGUCCUGUUUGUGAUUCAGACUGAGCAUAGUCUCCAUGAACCCAUGUAUUAUUUCCUGGCCAUGCUGGAUUCCAUUGACCUGGGAUUGUCUACAGCCACCAUCCCCAAAAUGCUGGGCAUCUUCUGGUUCAGUCUGAGGGAAAUAUCUUUUGAAAAUUGCCUUUCCCAGAUGUUCUUUAUUCAUUUCUUCACUGCCAUGGAGAGCAUUGUGUUGGUGGCCAUGGCCUUUGACCGCUACAUUGCCAUUUGUAAGCCCCUUCGAUAUACCAUGAUCCUCACCAGCAAAAUCAUCAGCCUCAUUGCAGGUAUUGCCAUCCUGCGGAGUCUGUGCAUGGUGGUUCCACUGGUGUUUCUCCUCCUGAGGCUGCCCUUCUGUGGGCACCAUAUGAUCCCUCACACUUACUGUGAGCACAUGGGUAUUGCCCGUCUGGCCUGUGGCAGCAUCAAAGUCAACAUAAUAUUUGGCCUUGGGAAUAUGUUUAUUUUAUUAUUAGAUGUGAUUUUUAUUAUUCUUUCCUAUCUCAGGAUACUCUAUGCUGUCUUCUGCCUGCCCUCCUGGGAGGCCCGGCUCAAAGCUCUCAAUACCUGUGGCUCUCAUGUUGGUGUUAUCCUAGCUUUUUUCAUGCCAGCAUUUUUCUCUUUCUUAACACAUCGUUUUGGCCACAAUAUCCCUCGAUAUAUCCACAUUCUCUUAGCCAAUCUAUAUGUGGUUGUUCCACCAGCCCUCAAUCCUGUAAUCUAUGGGGUCAGGACCAAGCAGAUUCGGGAGCAAAUAUUGAGGAUUUUUUUCAUGAAAGAUGGUUAA